GGCUCUUGGUGUGACUCUGCUGCUCUUGCUCUUGCUACUGUUCCUGUCCUCUUCUUGUUCUAUUGGUCUGAUGCUAUCGCCUUCGACAUGACACGACUGUCUCUAUUGUUGACAGUUUCUCUUGGUAUAUUGACCUUGUCUCUUUUUAGGUUCAGUCUCGACUCAAGGUCUCCUUUUCUCCGACGUCGAAACCACCACCGAAAACAACAAAGAGAAAUUCGACAAGGGACCACGUUCUCGUCGUGUUGGUCGAUGCACCAUGUAUCAAUGUUACGGUUUUCCAGGCCUGUCGCAUGUUGGAGGUCCGGGCGUUAUCAUUGGCCAAUUGGCCAACAACCGUCUCAUGGCGUCACGUCACCAGCGCCGAGGAGAGGCAGCCGCAACCGACCUCGCUCGACCGCGCUCUCGCGACAACGUCCGCUCACAUCACCAGCUGCUCUACCACGACGACUCCUUGCUCCUUCGCAUCGCCCAGCGAUUUAUUAUUCGACUCGUCACAUUUAUCAACAUCACCAACACAGUGCGACACCCGUCCACUCGAUUAUCCGCUUAUCACCAACCUCCCGACUCUCCUUGCGCCCACCCCUUCGACCGUCGCAUCCCAUUGCGCGUUCCACAAACAUCUCUUUCACCAAGCUGGUCACUCGUCCAGCAAACAUCCGGACGACUUUCAGUGUCAUCUCACAUUCAAACACCCUUAUCGCUUCGCGUCGCAUUCGCCUAGCAACGGCGCAUCAACCUCCAGGAUGAAGUACGUCCCUCUUCGCGACUUCCAAGUCAUUACCGAUGCCCUGAACUUCUCGACAACCGACCUACACGUUAUCGGUAGCUGUGAUCUCUACACGACAAAGGCUGCCGGCAGCGAUAAGAAGUUGUACAAGAACAUUGAAUCCUCGCUCGAAAAGGAGCAUGGAAACCUCCUACGCUUGGCCGCAUCGCUAUCGCCCCCUUCAAUUCCUAUCGACAGCAGAAAGAAAGAACGCAAGCCGUCAAUUCACAUGCCAGAGAUCAAUCUCUCCCGCGAUAGCCCUUUCGGAUCAUUCAACCAAAUCAGUGCAAGACGCACAUUUGCCUACUUGAUCGCAACGCUCAACGCCUCACACCCAGACUACGACUUCUCACACAUUCUCCGACCUACGGAUUUCCGUAAGACAACAGGUACAGCAAUCAGAAGAAGUGUGGAUAGUACCCUCAUGAACAUGCGUCCUCGUCGCAUGUCUACACUUCUAUCACCCCACGCCAAAUCGUCUCUAAGUGCUGGUUCACCUCAAGGCAUUACAUCACCAAAUGCCGAAUUUGUAUGGGGUGAGCAAAUGUGGAAGCUGAUCGAUAAGGAGAUGGAUCUUCGAAGCUGCGAGAAGUAUACGUGGGACCCCGAAGACGAUCCUUUCGAGGCAGAGAGCGCACUUUGGAGCCAACAUUACUUCUUCUUCAACAAGGACAAGAAGAGAGUUUGUUACCUCAACUUCCGUUCGUUUAGUGUCUUGUCACAUUCGCCUGCCAAUGGCAUGCAUAUGCGCACCGUCCCGAUCACCAACCCUGGAGUUGGUGAGGGAGCCGGCAAAAGAGCCCAGUACUGGCUCGGUCACAGCGUCGAUGACAACGACGUCGACGACUGGAGAGAAGACGACGAUAUCGAGUUUGAGGACUCGAUGAGCAUCGACAAUGACAGUAAUGAGGGCGAGUACAGAAACGACCUCGAUGAUGUCCGCGACAAGCUUGAGGAGGGCUACUACGCAUGGGCUGACGGUACUGUCGACUCGAAUGACGCUUCUGGCUGGGAUCCCCGUCGUAUCCAUCGUGGCUCUAGUGAGGGCCCGGCUGAUGCGAUGGAGAUCUAAUCUGCUGAGCGACAUCUCACCUCGACGGGUUGUUUCUCUCUGUCACUUUUCAUGAACGCUGGACGUCGAUUUCUUGUUGAUACUAAGUUAUAAUUCUGGGUUGGCGUGGUUUACGGUUGGCAGGCAAUGGCGUUUUCAGUAUGGCGUUUCUGGCGUGUUUGUUCGAAUGAACUCAUGACUAUACCAGGCGCAGGGACUUGGAGUGGGAAUAAUCAAGUGAUCCUACUCUGGAUAGUUGUGUUCAUAGCUUUUAUAUUGUUCUUUACACCUGAGUUUGCUCGCAUUAAAUCAUUCUCAAAGACGCGGUUUCACGUAACACC